AUGCCUUUGAAUAUUGAUUUGAACAUCCCUUUAGAUGACUUAAACACCUCUAAUAACCUCCCAAACAUGCAUUUGAAUAUUGACUUGAAUGCUCCUCCAAAUAUUGAUUUGAGUUCAUCAAUAGAGGAAGAAGAUCAUAUAGUUGAAAGUGAGUUUGAAGUUGCUCUAUCUAAUGAAGAGGAAGAAGAAGAUAUGGAUGAAGUAGAUGAAAUUGAAAAUCUUUGUGAAUAUGAGAUUGACAAUGAAAAUGAGAUUGAAAAUAUAUCUCCAGGAAAUGAUACUCACAUUGUGGUGCAAACAUUUCCGAAAAAACGUUUUUUAGAUAAUAGUCAACGGGAUACUAUUUUCCAGGUGUUGAUUAAUUCAAGUGUUGAUGGAAAAAUUAAAAGAGGAGUUGUUAAACAAUUGGCUUUUUUCUAUCAAAUAUCAAUAGAUGUUAUUUAUCGAAUUUGGAAGCGGGCAAAAGAAUCGGGGGUUGUUUCUCAUAAGAAAACAAAAAAUUAUGGUCGGAAGAGAGUUGAACUAGAUAUUGAGAAAAUGUGUAAUCUACCGUUAGUUAAACGUAGUACUAUCCGAUCUCUAGCAUUUGCCUUAGAGACUAGUCCGAGAAAAAUAGGAGAGUAUUUAAAAAAAGGUAUUUUGCGUCGACAUUCAAGUGCAUUAAAACCUCAUAUGACAGAAGAUAAUAUGAAAUCUCGUCUUAAAUUUUGCUUGUCCAUGCUUGAAGAAAGUAACAUUUCAUAUGAUCCAAAGUUUCAGUCAAUGUACAAUAUUGUACAUAUUGAUGAAAAAUGGUUCUAUAUGACUCAAAAAAAUAAGAAUUAUUAUCUUCUUUCAAAUGAGGAUGAACCAUAUCGUUCUUGCAAGAACAAAAAUUUCAUCAUGAAAGUUAUGUUUUUGGUUGCGGUGGCAAGACCUAGAUUUGAUAAUGAAGGCAAUGAAACAUGGUCGGGAAAAAUUGGAGUGUUUCCUCUAGUUGAUAAAGUACCCGCAAAAAGAUCAAGUGUUAAUAGACCAUCAGGGACACUUGAAACAAAACCGAUUACUUCUAUCACUAAGGAAGUUAGUCGAAUGUUUUUAAUAAACAAGGUUUUACCAGCCAUCAAAGAAAAGUGGCCACGAGAAUAUGCAUCAGAACCAAUUUACAUACAACAAGAUAAUGCACCGUGUCAUGUUUCUAUAAACGAUGAAGAAUUUCUACUUGCAGCUUCUGAAGGAGGAUUUGACAUCCGUUUGAUAUGCCAUUUCUUCACUUCUCCCUCAGAGUCAUUUUGA